AUGUCAUUCAACGAUCUAGAGCAAGGUUUUGGCGUAUCCAGCUCAGCAAGAACCAGAGUGCAGCAGUCAGAGGGCACUGAUAGCGACUACAAGUCUUUGACGCAGCGAGUAUCUCAACAAGUGUUUCACAUCAACGGAAAUAUCACAAGCAUCGAGAGAUUGGUUGGAUUCCUGGGCACAUCCAGAGAUACACCAGACAUUAGAAACAAAUUACAUGACGUAACAGAGGGUACAAGAGACCUGAUCAAGGAAACGACAUCCAACAUCAAAUCGUUGACUCAAUAUACGACAUCUGAUCCCAAAAAGACACGCCAACGCAAGCUGGAACAGCAAAAACUAUCCAAAGACUUUCAAAAAGUAUUAGCCGAAUUUCAAAAGAUCCAAAGAGAAUCGGUCUCAAAGCAACGAGAAUACGUAGACAAGAAGAAGGCAACGACAGCUGCACUGCAAUCACAAGUAGACGAUGAAGAAGGGGAUCAAGUACAGCAACAAGAACAGCAGCAGCUACUGCAGGCUGAUGAUGCUCAAAGACGCAUCCAAAUUGAAGCUUUGGACAAUGAAAUUGAGUACAACGAGACCCUAAUUUCUGAGCGUGAGGGAGAGAUCCAGGGCAUCGAACAAGGUAUCACUGAACUGAACGAAAUUUUCCGUGAUCUUGGUAUGCUUGUGAAUGAGCAAGACAGUGGUAUUCAGAGCAUCUAUGGAAACGUUUUGAAUAUAUCUCAAAAUACAAAGCAAGCUGCAGAUGAAUUAACAACCGCAAAUCGCCAUCAAAAGAGAGCCCGAAAGAACAUGUGCUGCUUUAUGCUCAUUAUCACCAUCGUUGGCUGUGUUUUGGCUUUGAUUAUUGUCGUUGCUAAAUAA